AUGCCGACCAAGCCAGGGGAACCGCCAGCUUACCACAGACGCCAAUCGCCCACCACGCAAACACCCUUUAGCACGAGCCGACCGCAGAACUCGCCCAACACGCCCGCGCCGCUCCCGCUCCAUCACUCCAAUUUUACUCCCCAUCAACACCAUCGCUCGCCCACCUCGCCCGGCACCACCGAGCUGCCUCCGAUCAGCACGGCCCUCUAUCCUCGCGACGGCGCCGCCUCCAAAUACUACGACCCGACCUCAGACCAUGGCGACCGCAGCCUAGGCCAGCCCGCCGCGCGGUACGAGAGCCUCUAUCCGUCGCAGACUCGAGACUCCCACGUCUACCCAGACGCUCGACCUGUCGAGAACCCGUACCACAAUCCAUACCACUCUCCCGUGGCGACCUCGUUCGCGCACCAGUCGCCGCUGCAGCGUCCGCCAUCACACGGGCACGCCUCCGCCAGCAUGGAGGCCAUGUCUCACUCGCCCGUAUCUCCGAGCGUGUAUCAGUCCCUAAACCGGGGCGCUGUCCAGCCUCCGCCGUCCAACUAUACGAGGAGACCGUCGGUGAAGGAGGAGGCACCGCCACCGAAGCGAGACCCCAUGUCUCUCUCCAGCAUCAUGUCCUCUGGCGCCGACGCCGAUCCUCCGCCAAAACCGCAACCGCUCCCUCCCAUCGACGCAGAGCCGCCGCUCCCGUCCAAGCCCGCGCUCAACCCGCCGUACGUCAAGCAAGAGGCCAUGACCUCACCAGCACCUGCCGACCUCCCUCUAGAGAACGGUGCAGUACACCGAGGUGUCUAUGAGGCCAUGCCGCCCGUUAGUAGCGCGCCUCCGCCACAGCUUGUGCCUCGCGACAUACCCGUUAUAGAUGAAGCCGAGGUCGAGACUGCGUUGGCUCGCAUCGAGACUAGCGAGAUGAAUGACGUUGAUGGGCCUGGCUUCGAGCGUGACCGGGAGGACUACCUCCUGCAGAGUCGAAAGCGGACGCUGGACAUAGAGUAUGCCGAAGCCAGCAAACGCAAGCGACGACGGACUGCCACGAUUGCACGCUUCGCCGAUGUUCUCGCAGCACAUCGAGAUGCCGCCAAGAACGGCUACAACUUCGAGCACGAAUCGAAAGCCUGGCAACAGGUCCAGAAUCAAGAGAUUGCCGAAGAGAAAGAACGCAAGAAAGACAUGCAGCGCAAGAGGCGGCGCGAGAAGACGAUCCAGAACGAAGAAGCGAAGCGUGCCGAAGCCCUGGCCAAGGCCGGACAAGCCGAGAACGAAGAAGAGAAGGAGAAGCAUCUACGAGAGGCUCAGAAGGCAGAACGGAAAGCCAAGACAACCAGCCAGCUGCUUCAAGGCAAUGCUCCCAGCAAAGACUUCCGCGAAGUCACUCCCCAUGCGCCAAACUUUGAGGGUGGCACUAUGAGCUCCUUCCAAGCGUCCGACGAUGUGCUAGGCGGAAAGCGAAAGGGUGGCCGAGCGGGUGGACGGCUUAAAAAGAGCAAGGAGCAGAAGCAGGCCGAGAAAGAUGCUGCAGCUGCCGGCCAGGCUGCUCUUGAUCGUGGUGACGACCUUCCUCCCAUUGCGCCGCGGGAAGAGGCCCGCCUCGACGCCCUGAAGAGCCGAAGCCAGACUGAAGACCUUGCACCGACUGUCUUGACUUCAUAUAACUCUCAGGCCUACCAGAACCUCUACAACCAGAUCUGGAAGGAUAUUGCCAAGAAAGAUAUUCCGAAGGUCGUCCGUAUCAAAGAGAACUCGUUGUCCACGAAGCAGUCGAACCUUCGCAAGACCGCUCAGCUCGCGUCCAAGGAAGCUCGACGAUGGCAGAUGCGGACCAACAAGAGCAUGAAGGACGUGCAGGCUCGGGCCAAGAGGAGUAUGCGAGAGAUGCUUGGAUUCUGGAAGAGGAACGAGCGUGACGAGCGCGAUCAGCGAAAGAUGGCCGAGCGUCAAGAGCUAGAAAACGCAAAGAAGGCUGAAGCUGAGCGUGAAGCAAACCGCCAGAAGCGAAAACUCAACUUCCUCAUUUCCCAGACCGAGCUGUACUCUCAUUUCAUUGGCAAGAAGGCCAGAACUGAUGAGAUUGAGAGGUCCACCGACGACGCCGAUGCCGCUACCGGCGCCGCUACUUCUGGCCCAACGCAGCCUUCGAUCAAUGUGCCAGACGGCCACGCUCAUCCCGGCGCCAAAGUCACCAACUUCGACGAGCUCGACUUUGAUAAUGAUGAUGAAUCUGCUCUUAACGCCGCUGCUAUCGCCAAUGCUCAACAUGCCGUGCAAGAGGCACAGGAUCGAGCUCGCGCAUUCAACCACGCUGCAGGGGAGUCAUCAAUGGAUGAAGGCGAGCUGAACUUCCAGAACCCGUCUGGACUCCAGGAUGCCAAGGACUUUAUUCCCCAGCCGAGCCUCCUCAGCUGCACACUCAAGGAGUACCAGCUUAAGGGCCUCAAUUGGCUUGUCAACCUCUACGAGCAAGGCAUCAACGGCAUCUUAGCCGAUGAGAUGGGCCUCGGAAAAACGGUGCAGUCCAUCUCCGUUAUGGCCUACCUCGCGGAGAAGUACGAUAUCUGGGGACCGUUCUUGGUCAUCGCUCCUGCGUCGACGCUUCACAACUGGCAACAAGAAAUCACCAGGUUCGUCCCUAAUCUCAAGGUGCUACCCUACUGGGGCAACGCCAAGGACCGAAAAAUUCUCCGCAAGUUCUGGGACAGGAAGCACGUCACCUACACCAAGGAUUCGCCUUUCCACGUCCUUGUCACGUCCUACCAGUUAGUCGUACAGGAUGCUCAGUACUUUCAGAAGAUCCGGUGGCAGUACAUGAUCCUUGACGAGGCCCAAGCCAUCAAGUCCUCUCAGAGUUCCAGGUGGAAGAGUCUUUUGGGUUUCCAUUCCCGCAAUCGACUGCUUCUUACGGGUACGCCGAUCCAGAACAACAUGCAGGAACUUUGGGCUCUUCUGCAUUUCAUCAUGCCAAGUCUGUUCGAUUCGCACGAUGAAUUCAGCGACUGGUUCUCGAAGGACAUCGAGAGUCACGCUCAAAGCAAUACCAAGCUGAACGAAGAUCAGCUGAAGCGUCUGCAUAUGAUUCUCAAGCCUUUCAUGUUGCGACGUGUAAAGAAACACGUGCAGAAAGAGCUCGGCGACAAGAUCGAAUUGGACGUAUUCUGCGAUCUGACAUACCGCCAACGAGCGUACUACACAAACUUGCGGAACAAGAUCAGCCUCAUGGAUCUCAUCGAGAAGGCGGUUGGUGACGAGCAGGACAGCGCUACUUUGAUGAACCUCGUGAUGCAGUUCCGGAAAGUUUGCAAUCACCCCGACCUGUUCGAGCGAGCCGAUACUUGGUCCCCCCUGUCAUUUGCAUACUUUGCUGAGACGGCAUCUUUCCUACGGGAAGGCCAGAACGUGCGAGUUGGCUAUUCCACCCGCAACCUCAUUGAAUAUUGCCUUCCACGACUCGUCUGCCGGAAUGGAGGCCGUCUUGAUAUUGCUGGCCCGGAGAACCCCAAGGCUGGUUUCAACGGACAUUACCUCCACAAUCUGAUGAACAUCUGGAACCAGGAGAACAUCCACCAGUCUUCUCGGCAUGAUGGCGCAUUCUCUUGGCUCCGACUGGCGGACGUCUCGGCCAGCGAAGCCUCAAAGAUUGCGAGGCAGGACCUUUUCCAGCGCGCAGUUGAUCUCAUUAACAAGCGAGACCGUCUAGGCCGGUUCAAUACCCUCUACGAUGAUGAGGGUGCAUACGUCCCGAAGCAUUCCAUGCUCAACAUUGUCGAGCAUCAAAGUCGGGCUCCUUUGGCUGAAGUCGCCACCGAGGGUUACAUGCACAAGUUGCUAAAUGUAUCCAGCUCGGCCUUUGAAGAGACCGGUCUCGACACCAUCGAGCGAUGCGCUAGACCCGCUGCUUCGGCUCCUCCUAUCGAGCUAUACUGCUCCAGCCAAGGGGUGAUCGCAGAGAAACAACGGACUUUCUUCAAUGUGCCGAUGCGGAAUGCGCUGUACGAGAUGUCUGAAAAGAACGAGCUAGCGAUCUUGGACACGAAAACUGAUAUCGGCACUCUUGCGGUUCGCGGCAAGCUCCCUCCGCCCACCAAUGUCCGAUCGCGAUACACUCACGUCAAUGUUCCGUCGAUGCAUCGCUUCGUCACGGACUCUGGUAAGCUUGGUAGACUAGACGCGUUACUCAAAGAGCUCAAGCAGAACGGUCAUCGCGUCUUGCUCUACUUCCAGAUGACCAGGAUGAUCGAUCUGAUGGAAGAGUACCUCACGUACCGGAACUACAAGUACUGCCGUCUGGAUGGUUCGACCAAGCUUGAAGAUCGUCGUGACACCGUCGCCGACUUCCAGAGUGACCCAUCGAUCUUCGUCUUCUUGCUGUCCACGCGUGCCGGUGGUCUCGGCAUCAAUCUUACCUCAGCCGACACUGUCAUCUUCUAUGAUUCCGACUGGAACCCGACAAUUGAUUCGCAGGCCAUGGAUCGAGCUCAUCGUCUCGGACAGACUCGGCAAGUCACGGUCUACCGUCUCAUCACACGUGGCACCAUCGAAGAGCGUAUCCGCAAGCGCGCCCUGCAGAAGGAAGAAGUGCAACGUGUCGUCAUUUCAGGCGGCGCUGGUGCACAAGUCGACUUCAACACCCGGUCUAGGGAGAACCGCACUAAGGAUAUCGCCAUGUGGCUCGCGGAUGAUGAGCAAGCUGCUGAGAUCGAAAAGAAGGAGGCUGAGCUUGCUGAGCAAGAGAAGAAUGCUCCACCAAGCAAGAAGCGCAAGAGGAAGCGGGUCGAGGCGAGCUUGGACGAGAUGUACCAUGAGGGCGAAGGACAUUUCGAUGAAAGCGCCAAACCCAGUGGCGCAGCAACCCCCAUCCCUGUCCCCACGGAAGCCCCGCCGGGACCGGGCGGCAAGCGGCGAAAGGGCUUGAGCAAGAAGGCAAAGACUGCCAAGCAGCGCCUCGCUGUCGCUGACGGCGAGGUCUAA